UGCGGCUCGCUCUCCCUGACGGACAUUACACACACACAUUCAUUCUGCAUUAAAGUGAGUUUUAAAAUCCUCGGUACAAGACUGGAGUUAUUCGAGUUAAGAGUUCGAGUCAAGCGUCUCAAAUGGAGACAGAAGCCAUGGAUGUCCAACAGCAGGAUGGAGGGCAGGACAGUCUUGUUCACACAACACAACCGCAGGCCACCGGCAAACCUGAAAACACAGGUCCUGUCCUGACUGAGACUGUUCAAAGCGGAAGCAACGAGUCCCUGAUAGAUGGUGUUACAACCAGUGAUGAUGCUUUACUGCUUCCUGAUCAUAUACCUACAAUUUCACACAAAAUAGACAAAGGCAAUGUGAAGCCCUGUAUUCCCAAUGGCACUUCUCCAGCAGUCAAUGGGUGCGCUGUGACCUGUUCACCUCCUGCUUCUUCACGAGUUUCGACAUCUCGUCCUACAGCACAACAGAAAUGCAACCCACAUGCAAAAUGCAACGGACACCAACACCCUCCCAGAAAACAAAUGUCCUCCACCUCGCAGAGCCAGCAGAGUUUCAACGGCGAUGCGUCUCAGAUUCAGAGAGUGGCUGGAGACGACUGCUGUGCGCACUGUAUACUGGCCUGUCUGUUCUGCGAGGUGCUGUCCUGGUGCUCGGCCGUGGCUCAGUGUUUGGCCUGCGGUCUAGAGUGUGAUGCUCUCUGCUGUUGUGGUGAAGCAGCCGGCGGGGGUCUUGCCUGCUGCGCUGAGGACUCUUGCUCUGCGCUGCUGGAUUGUGGGAUACUGGAAGACUGCUGCCAAUCUUCAGACUGUCUGGAGAUCUGCUUGGAAUGCUGCUCCAUCUGUUUCCCUGCCUGAUGGGAACACAAUGAUAUCAAGCACUGGAAGAACUGUAAGCAUGGGGUAUUUACAGUAUGUUUUAGUGUUUAUCCUCCAUUUUUGUAUUUAUUUUGUAUGAAGAAUUCAUUUGUUGGUCUGUUCUGCACGAGGUUACUUUCUGAAUUCUGACAAGCCAUAAAAUGAAAGUUUGCUGUUAAGUUACUCACCCUCAUCUAAGAUGUAGGUAAAUUAUUAUUACUUUUAUUGAACAUUUAGAUUUUGAACUACAGCAAGAAAAAUAAGUAUUGAACACAUCAUGUUCUUUCCUGGGAAUAAUAUUUCUAAAGGAGCUGUUGACAGGGAAUUGAACCAUGCAAUUUUGGUAAAAACCCAAACAAUACAAACAUAAAAAUAAAAUAAAUAAAUAAAAAUCUGAAAAUUUAGUUGUGUGUAAUAACAAUAAAAUGACAGAAGGAGAAAGUACUG